AUGUCCAAAGUCGCCGACGACGUCAAGGCCGGGCUGAAGGGGAUCCGAGGCGCGGGCGAGGCGGUCCGCGGCGGCGCCAUGGAGGCCACGGACGAGCUGCUAGACCGCAACCUGGACCACCCGCAGGCCCGGGUCAGCGAGGCCGAGAACCAGGCCAUCAAGGAGAAGGGCAAGCGGCAGCUCGCCAGCGCCGACGACACGAUAGGCCACCACCACGGGACACGCUCCAAGACCGCGGCUGCUGCUGCUGCUCGGGGCGGCGCGCCGCCGGUGGGGGGUGGCACCGCGGUCUGA